AGGACGGGCCCCGGGCCUCUCCCACUGUCCUCUUUCUCUCUCCCUCUCUCUCUCUCUCUCUGUGCAGGCUUUCUUUCAGUAACUUCUUCCUGUUGAAACUUUCCCUCCUGCUCCUGCUCCAUGCUCACGCUCCUGCACACGGCGGCAUGGAGGCGCUUCUUCCAGCGUGUGUCUGCCUGCAAACGCGGCCUGUGACGUACGCGAUCACGUGGCAUUUGGCGUCGCACCCCCCCUGACUCGCUCGCGCAUUUUUCUUUUUUUUUCGGCUGUUGUCUAUAGGGUUCGGUGGAGGAUCUGUAGGUUUUUCCGCUCCAGCCCCCUGAAUUCACGCAGCACCGGGGGGAAGCAGCGCGCUCGCGGAUGUCUGCGGUCGCCUCGCGGCUUGCUCUGCGCCCUGGACGGGUAAGGAACACGACCGAAAUCGGCAGAUCGUAUGGCCAGCGAUGAAGUCUCAUGACGUCAGAAGAUCCUCGUUCAGCAUUUACUAACAGUCCCUCAUCAAGGUUGCACAGUUCCACAGUAGGUCAUGGCCAGUCGAAGGAAAUCUACCACGCCUUGUAUGAUUCGGCCAAAUGACUUGAUGGACCAGGAUACAGAUGACGGUGCGGACAGUGCAGUGGAGAAUGGAUCGUGUGUUCCUGCCAGUGAGAACUGGACUGAGAAAAAUAACGUUGUACGCAGUAUACCAUCGAUAAAUGAUCCAGAAAAAUCAGAGGCAGAAAUUCGCCCACAGAAAAAGGUGCAGGGAGGCUAUGAGUGCAAAUAUUGUACUUUCUCCACACAGAACCUUAAUGAAUUCAAAGAACAUGUCGAUUCCAACCAUCCUAAUGUCAUCCUUAACCCUUUGUAUCUCUGUGCUGUCUGCAACUUCAACACGAAAAAGUUUGACACCCUGACUGAACACAACGAAAAAUUCCAUCCUGGAGAGAGCAAUUUCAAGUUUAAGAGGAUAAAACUGAACAAUCAGACCGUCCUGGAACAGACGAUUGAAGGUUCCAACUGUGCCGCUAUUUAUGAUGUUCGGAGUCCUCAAUCAGCAGAGGACCUUUCCCCGUCAAGCAAAUCCAUGGCUCUGAAGAAACCAAAAACUGAUUGCAAACGCACUCUGGGAGACUGUCAAAUAGACAAGCUUACCCCAGAGUUAUCCAAAAAACAGAUCACUGCAGUGAAUGUGAAUGGAACAGUAAUAAUCCCAGAUGCAACACUCAAAGACGGUCUCUCGCACAUAAUGCCGUCCUUGCAGCGGCCACCUAACUACAGUUUAGUGCCAAAAAUUGCUGUACCUCUAAACACAUUGAAAUACAAUACGUCCCUAGACGGAAACCUAACUCUCAUUACUUCCUUUAAUAAGUUUCCAUAUCCCACGCAAGCUGAGCUCUCAUGGCUCACUGCAGCUUCGAAACACCCAGAAGAACAAAUCAAAGUAUGGUUUACAACUCAACGGCUAAAGCAAGGCAUCAGCUGGUCUCCAGAGGAGGUUGAAGAAGCGCGUAAGAAAAUGUUCAAUGGAACAAUUCAGCCUGUUCAACAAGCAUUCACUGUCUUACCUGCCCAGUUGACCCAAUCCACAAAAGCCUCUCAAUCCUUUAUACAGACUGUCCCUUGCCAAGUUCUUGGACAGUCCGCCUUGGUGUUGACACCAGUCACUAACGGGUCCAAUGCAGCUUCUGGUCCGCUUGCACUAACAGUUUCAAAUCAAGCCACACAGGCUGUUAAGAGGCCCCUCAUGUCCCCGGUUGCUUCACCAGAGGUAAAGAGGCCUUCAAUAAUACAAACAGUUCAGACUACUAAUAAAUCGACGUCUCCUACACCCAGUUUUUCUUUAGAUUGCAAAAAAACACCAGGUCAGAUUAAAGAGCUGAUAGCCAGCUAUACUCAGUGCCAGUUUCCCGAUGAUGAAGAAGUGUAUCGCCUUAUAGAGGUGACUGGCCUUUCCUGGGGAGAAAUUAAAAAGUGGUUUAGCGAUCAGCGUCUUGGAAACCAUAAGACCGUAUUGCCAUUAAGGGCCGACCUUCCACUAAAGGAAAACCAGCCUCAGAAACCUGUGGCCACUAAGUUUCCGCUUCUGGAAUGGGUAAAGGGAAAAUCCUCCGAGCAAAUGAAAAUGCUCGAGGAGUGUUUUAAGAGGACAAGCUUUCCUUCACAGACUGAGAUCGAAAACCUUGCAAAUGACACUAAGAUUUCCCAAACUGAGAUUGAUGGCUGGUUCACGGAGCGCCGUGCUCUAAGAGACAGCCUUGAGCUAGCCUUGCUCAACUCCAUGGGCUUUAAAAGACUGGACAGAACGGCUCUGAACGGGAUACACGAGCAGGAAGGUCGGUCAAGGUCUUCUCCCCUUCCUCUUCAAACUUCUGUUUGCUCUGAAAUUGACAGCAAAUCUCUUAGUCUUUUAAAGGAGGUUUUCUCAAAGACACAGUGGCCAUCGCCGGAGGAGUACAGUGAACUGGAACUACAGACAGGGCUGCCUCGCACGGACAUCGUGCGCUGGUUUAAGAAUAACCGAUCCGCUCUAAGAAACGGAACCUUGGACUGGAUGGCGCAGUAUGAGAAUCUGAGCAACAAAAAACACAACGGGCAGAGCACCUUGCUGAGCCCAGAACCAACCCAGGGUGUUCUACAGCGAAAUUUCCCAGAGGCAAAGCUACUAAACCUGGAGGAUGAUGACAAGCUGGCUGAGCGCUCGAAACUCGUAAGUCAGGACAUAGUAAAUUGGGUUACCAGUAAGCUAGGUCAAAACAUGCAGGACAUUAGUAGGAGCAAGGACCAACAUGGACUGGUGACGGUGGACAGCGGGAGAUGGGUAAAAGUUUCCAUGCCUGCUGAGAAUGAAAGAAGAGACUCAGAGGCACGAAAAAUGGCCACUGACCUUGAAGUCCUGACCACAGAGCACACAGUAACAGGAUGACCUAAGAAAGGACAGAGACAAAGGCUGCUAUGAGUAACCCUGUGGGAAGGAAUAUAAUUGCGUUGACAUACUUGGAACCAAUGAUCUCAUGCCUGGACUCUGAGCUCAUCAGAGCGAUAGAAGGACUGAGAGUGUGUGUGAGCACUGACCAUGGAGUGCCAAAGUCAGACUGCUAUGCUACUAUUACUACUUAGGUGUUUGAGGAUAUUUUUUUUGUUAUUUUUUAGCAGAAGAGCCCAUGUAAAUAUGUUUUUGACAGAUUUGUAAAAAAAAUUUUCUGAAGAUGAGUUUUGUUACAUUUCUAAAACUGUAGACGUCCCCAAGCCAUUUCGCUUAACGCUCCUGAUGGACCGUUCGGCUUUCUCCUUGUGAAAAGGACAGUAAACCGGUUGACCUGCUGAUAAGCCUGGUCACUGGAGGCACUUAACAUUUGAAGUGGAUAAAGACAAGCGGUGCUCGUUUUGAUCUCAAUCCUCAUACUAAAGUGAAAAUACGGACUUGAUUUGGACCACAGAAGCAUCGCCUGCACACAACCCAUCGAAUCCGAAUCGAAAUCAAUGCAGCGAUGCACAAGACGCUUAUUUGUAGUUCGUCGUCGCAAUAUUAAUUUUACAGAAGAAUUGCAUUUUUUUCCUUUCUGCGUAUAAGACAUAGUUCCAUUUCACCGUCUCCGCUGUGGUCUGCUUUCAGUUAGCUCAGUGUAUUCUCAUCCCUCCUGCCACUCUUCUCAUGUUCAGACAUGUAUCAGGAAUACUGUAUUGGGUAUCAAGAAUCAUGCUUGCUCUUUCUUUAAAACAGUCUGCUGUAACUCAAUAAAACAAGCGAAUGACAAACA